AUGUCAUCUGCUUACAUAACUAUUCUAUCAUCUAAUGGAAUUGAAUUCAUAGUUGCCAAAGAAAUAGCUGGAUUGAGUGAGAUUUUCAAAAAACAGAUAGCAAAUGCAGACAUGAGAGGAGAAACCCAAAUCCUUUCUGAUUUUACAGCUGACAUACUUGAAAUAGUCCUACAAUACCUUCACUAUAAAAAUAGAUGGCAAUUAGAAUCUCCAGUAAAUUUGCCUAAAUUUCAAAUAGCCAAAGAAAAGGCUUUAUCAGUUUUACAAGCUGCAAUUGCAUUAUAAAUAUGA